AUGGCCACUUCCCCACAACCAGAGAUGACGGCGAUCACGGCGCCGGACAGCCACGAGACGUCGCGAGACGAUUGGGUUGGACUUACAGAUCCGGCCGAGCGUCGACGGAGACAGAAUCGGAUCAAUCAGAGGGCUCACCGUCUGCGCCAGCGCCAGCGCAUGCGAAACAACAAACACGUCCAUCCUAAAAGUGUCGUGGCUUCAUCCUCAUCUCCAUCCUCCUCAUCUUCUUCAACCGCGAUCGUACCCAAAGAAGCCAGCACCUCCCCAUCAGCCUCGUCACAACGCGAGAGCCGCUGUCUCACACCCGCAUCUGCACGAAUGCUCCUGACCCAAUUCGCCGAAUCCGCCUUCCAGAGUUACAUGCUGGGCUCUCCAACCUCCGAGCAUCUCCUGGUGCUGACAAAAGUCAACGUCUUCCGCGCCUUCGGCCAUAACCUCAAGAUAAUGGGCUGGAAUCUGGAUGACAUGGACGACGACGCAAUCUCCCCAUUCAAUAUCCCCACGGCGGCAGAGGCAUCGACGGCACCGGAUUACAGCGACAUGCCUCUCAGUCUACGUCCGACCAAGCUUCAAAGAACUAGGCCACAUCACCCGUGGCUGGACUUUUUCCCUCAUCCUAAAAUGCGGGAUAAUAUGAUUCAAGCGGGUGAUGAUUGGGACGACGAGGCGCUUUGCCAUGAUAUCAUGGGUUUCUGGGCACACUCUUCUACGGCGGCGCCCGGGUUAUUGGUUUGGGGGGAGCCGUGGGAUAUUCGGAAUUGGGAGUUGACGGAGGCGUUUUUGAAAAAGUGGCAGUGGAUUGUCAGGGGGUGUCCGGAGAUUAUGAAUAGCACUAAUGCGUGGCGGGCACGGCGUGGUGAGAAGCUUAUAUUUAGGUAUAUCUAG